GAUUAAGUGAUUCAGCAAAUAAUGAUCCACCUACUAAGUUUUCAAACAUGAACGGCAUAGGUAGAGACUUUGAUAAAUGGGCCAGAAGCAAAGAAUACAGGGGAUACAUCCAUAUUUCCAGUUUUAAUGUUAAAUGUGAUGCUAAAGAUUAUCUUGUCUUGGCUAAUCCUCGAGAUCCUGACUAUCGUAAUCAAGAAAAUCCAACUAAAAAUCCAGAAAAAGUUACUGAUGCUGAAGCAAUCCUUAUGGCUAUACAAAAAUCCCUCAAGCACCUUGGAGAACCCAUUGGCUUUAUCAAACUUCUCCUGUUGGAUAUGAACAGGCUAAUAUUUAUACGAAGGACCCAAUAUUCAAUGGGUUUCAAUCCAAACCAAUCAAUAAUCCGUCUUUAUAUUGAUGGAAAAAUAGUUGGUGAACGAGAACAGACUGAUAUUAGCAAGUUUAUUCAGUCUGGGGGCAGUCAGCUAGAUGCUUCUAAAUUAUCUAAGGCUGGUCACAGAAAAAUUGCUCAUUCUGAUAAAUUAUUAACAUAUAAUAAAAAAGUUGAAAAGGUGAUUCCAGCAUAA